AUGCAGUUCCUGUCCAAGCGCAAGGAACAAACCGCAAACUAUCUAGAACUCCCAUGCCUUCUCCCACAGGUCACUCCUUCUGUUGUUCCUCUUCCCGGCGUUCGAUACCGAAUUAGUAUCCCUAAAGAUAAGGCUGCGGCGAUGCUGCAAGACCUUCAAGAAUUUGUCGAUAUAAGCUCCUACGAGCUUUCAAAGGGCAAGGAACUACUCAGAGGCCCGAAGAAGAACAAGCAAACCUCAAAGUCCGAGGUCCGCAGUUCGUUUCAAUGUAUAGACGAGAAGUUGAAGGUUAGUAACAGAUCUCAAAUAUACAUCUGCCUGUUGCCAACAGUUCAAACAAAUUAUACCCGAGGCUGCGUCUCGAUACUCGAGGAGAUCUUGGCUGAAGGAGAGCUCGUCACAUUCUGCUUGAAAGGAGUGAGGCGCGCAAUCAUUAAGGACCCUGAAAUCAAUUUACAAAACCGUCUUUGGAUCAGCAAACUCUUGGUCUUGGACGACGGACCAUAUCUCACUUCAUUAAGUCCUGAAAGCUGUGGAAAACUCGUGAAGCAGUUGCAAAACAACUUUACAAAUAUCACGUCCGCAUUUGAUAGUUUCCGUGCGACUUACAGGAAUGCCGUUCGCCUUCAGUCCGGAAACUCAGAGCGAUUUUUUCUGCUCUCCCCGCUUUCCAAUACCCUUUUCAUACUAUUGAGCAAAGGCAGCUUUUCUAAAUCUUGGAAAUUACUGUUUGAACUAUACCAAAGUCUUGAAGUGCACAAACCAGGAAAUCAGAAAGACGCGAUCUUUUCUCUAAUUGACAUGACAGUGGCUGUUUUACCUGUGACAAACAAACAGCGCCUUAGGUGCCUUGAGUUAGAGGAUCCCCUAGAAAGAGCGAAAGAGCUUGAUGCAACCAUUCAUGAUUUAGUUGCUUUACUUGCAAGCUUGCGCGACGGCUUCAAGUUUUUUGAAGCUAAGGUUCAAGAUUUUUCGCCAGGAGACAAGGCUGCUUUUGUAGCUCUCCAACUCAGCGCCUUGCGAGGAUUUAUUGAAGAACCUAAAAAAGGUUCAAGGUUCAUAAGAAAUCCUAAAAGUGGCCCUCCUUCAGGAGCACGAGUUGGAGCUGAUAAAGUCGAGAAGGAGAACGGUGAUGAAGAUGAAGACUUGAAGACAAUUGGUGCUUUUAUAGAUAACCUAGAAAUUAGCGAGGUCCACCCUGAUGGUUUGAAAAUGUUAAAGAAAGACUUCAGAAGGCUCGAGCGACUAACGCCUCAAAGCUCCGAAUAUAAUGUUCUGAGAGGAUACUUUGAUACAAUAAUGGACAUACCGUUCAAGGCGAAAGACGUUAGCAAAAGUAACAUUGAUUUGGAAGAGUGCAAAAAGAAGCUUGAUAAUGAUCAUUAUGGCCUCCUUGAUGUUAAGAAGCGAUUGAUUGAAUACCUAUCAGUCCUGAAGCUCAACGUUGACUUCAAGAAUGAAGGCUCCAAGGCAAAGCCACCUAUCAUGUUGCUAGUUGGCCCGCCAGGAGUAGGAAAGACGUCUAUUGCCAAAUCAAUUGCUGGUGUGUUAAAUCGAAGAUUCCACAGAAUAUCGCUGGGCGGCAUUCACAACGAAGCUGAAAUAAGGGGCCACAGAAGAACCUACGUUGGCUCGAUGUGUGGCCUCAUCAUUAAUGCGCUACGCAAGAGUGGCUCAAUGGCGCCCUUUAUUUUGUUAGAUGAAAUUGACAAAGUUUUGAGCGUCCAAGCAGGUGGCAAUCGUGGCGCUGGUUUGAAUGGAGAUCCGGGUGCGGCGCUUUUGGAGGUUCUAGAUCCAGAGCAAAACUCGACUUUCACCGAUCACUAUGUCGGAUUUCCGGUGGACCUGUCCAACGUCCUGUUUUUUUGUACUGCCAACAACCUAACAGGAAUCUCAGCGCCAUUAUUGAAUCGUAUGGAAGUUAUAGAAAUUCCAGGAUACACUCCAAAAGAGAAGCUCAAUAUUGGCCUCAAAUUCCUGCUUCCAAAACAGAUUCAGCUUAAUGGCCUAGAUAAGGCUAGUAUCAAAGUCGAGCUGACGAAAGAAGCAUGGGAUGAUCUCGUCCUUGAAUACACAAGGGAACCGGGCGUGCGGGGUCUUGAGAGGCAAAUUGCAAGUAUAGUGCGUGGAAAAGUUGUUGAAUAUGUCCAAAGUCACGAAAGCGAGCACAAAAUUGUUACAUCUCAAGAGCUUCUUAAGUAUAUCGGAUUUCCUUUACACCCAAUCUCGAGGGAACUGGUCAAGAAAAUAAAAUUCGCCGACAAGUGUGGCGUUGUAAAUGGACUUGCUUACGGGUCUGAUGGGACAGGGAACGUUUUGGUGUUUGAAAUGGUUAAGAUGGGGAAAUUGCAAGGCAAUUCUAGCGGCCCACGCAUCCGAACUACAGGCAAUUUAGGCAAGGUGUUGAACGAAUCUAUAGAGAUUGCCACCACCCUUGUCAAAUCGUUGAGUGAACGGAAAAUUAUUCAUGGGUUACCUUCCCAGGCAUUCAAUGACUUUCUCAAUUCCGAAUGGCACAUCCAUGUUCCAAUGGGGGCUGUUUCCAAGGAUGGCCCCAGCGCAGGGGUGGCCAUAGCUCUUGCGCUAAUAUCCGCAGCGUUAAAUAAACCUGUGUCUCCAAAACUGUGUCUAACUGGCGAGAUAACCCUAAGAGGCAAAGUCCUUCCCAUUGGUGGCGUCAGAGAAAAGCUAUUAGGAGCACAGCUUUUCGGCAUGGAGAGGGUUCUUCUACCGCUGUCUAAUAGACCGGACGUAAUUGAGGCAGUCAUGAAACCCGAGGAGUACGAAUCAUGCCUUGCUUCAUCCAGUAUGCCCGAACUGCGUAGAGUUCAACAAAAGUGGCAGCUAGAAGCAUUCUAUAUCGACGACUUUUAUGACGUGAUGACCAAGUGCUGGCCAAGAGAAAUCCAAUUGACAGAUGCCAGAAUCUUGAUUUCCCCUUCCGAUAAUUCUAUUAGAGCCUUGCUUUAA